GGAGCGACGCGUUUCCAGCCGGAUGAGUUAAGCCGCGGUACGAGGACAGACGCAAGAAGCACAACAGAAACAGAAAACCAACCAGAGGAAAGCUGCUCUUCUUCUCACAGGUGGUUUAGAUACAUGUGUGCGAAAUGCAUUUGUACAGAGACACGUCAGAUUGUAUAGGUCAGUGUUGGAACAUCUCAAACAUGGUCUGAGGAUUUAAGCUCGCAAAUCUCCGGAUGCUAAAAUACGAAUCUUUAAAACCAUGAAGGAGUUUUUGAAGAAGACCCACAGCCUCUUUCUGAAGAUCGCCCUGUUUCCUAGCACUUUAGGCAGGACAGGUCCGCGGCCAGCUGCUUCGGAGGUGUUAACCUGCCACCUGCAGCAGCGCAGACUUCCUCCGUGGACCUCAUACUGUGUCCGCUACAGCUCCGUCCACAAUGACCAGUUUGGACUGUCAAACUUUAAUUGGAGAGUUCAGGGAUCCAACUACCACAUUCUGAGAACGGGAUGCUUCCCCUUUAUUAAAUAUCACUGCACUAAAGCGCCUCCUCAGAAUCUGGAUUUUGAAGACAGGUUUUUCACCACGUUAAAAGUUAUUAAUCUGGGUAUCCCUUGUUUGGCCUAUGGCAUUGGCUGCUGGAUGGUGGUGGGAGCAUCAGAAACAGUACAGACGAGUGUCGGACCUGUCACUGUCUAUUUUGCCUACAAAGAGGAGGAAGGUGCACAGUACUGAAGUGAAGAGGAAACAAAGUAACUUGAAUGUGUUUUCAGGAGGAUAUUAUCUACCAAGCUGCUGUAUUUUUGAAACUAUUAAAGAGGAGCCUUUGUCUUUUUUCUUGACUUUUGUUCCUAUAUGCUAUUUUAAUAAUGGAUGCUCCUGUUAUACAGAGUUUCAUUAGUGAGGUCAUCUUACAUUCAAGCAAUCCCUGUGAAUGAAUGCUUGGAAGUCGGACUGCCCUGAACACUCAUUUGCAUUUUUGCUACUGUUGGCUUAGUUUGAUCUCAGGCACAUACCUGUGAGUGUGAGCAAAGAAGCCUUACCCACUGAUCAGAUCUGAGCAGCGAAUCAGAAGGGGAAGAGAGAAAACUGCUUAUUUCAGAUAGUAAAUAAACUGUCCCAAGGCAGAGCAUAAGAAAAAUAUGGAUUUUUUUUAAAUCAAUUUUUUAA